AAAAAAAAAAAAAAAAAAAAAAAAAAAAAAUGCCAUCGCGAAUCGAACACCAACUUCAGACACUUCUUGAGUCACGCAAGAAGAGAUCACUUCUUCGCAAACUAGUUGUCAUCCCUGAAUCUUCGACUGAUUUUUCCUCCAAUGAUUUCCUUGGCCUAGCUCGCAAUCCUGCUCUCGGUUCCCGAUUCCUGAAAGAACUUGAAUCCUUUCCCUCACACAAACCACCUCUGGGUUCCACAGGUUCUCGCCUUCUCGAUGGCAACUCCAAAUAUGCUGAAGAUCUAGAACAGAUGAUCGCUCGUUUUCAUCAUGCGGAAGCUGCCUUGAUUUUCAACUCUGGUUUUGAUGCUAAUGUAGGCUUCUUCAGCAGUGUACCUCAACCGGGCGAUGUGAUCCUCUAUGAUGAAUACAUUCAUGCUUCGGUUCAUGAUGGUAUGAAGGUCACCCGUGCUACUCUCAAACAGCCUUUUCUGCACAACAACCUGGGCCACCUUGCAGAAUUACUUCAUUCAGUGCGACAAGAGGAUGACAAAGGUCAACAAGGACUUGCUCAAUCAUCAUCAUCAAAGCCAUUGCCAUUAAAGAAGCAAAAGAGGAAUAUCUUUGUGGCUGUGGAGAGCGUCUACUCAAUGGACGGAGACACUGCGCCAUUGAAGGAGAUCGUUGAUCUACUUGAAUUAUAUGAUGCAUAUCUCAUCGUUGACGAGGCCCACGCAACUGGUGUGUAUGGACAGAACGGACGAGGACUCGUGAAUGAGAUGGGCUUGGAAAACAAGAUCUUUGCUAGACUUCAUACCUUCAGCAAGGCCCUUGCAAGCAAUGGGGCCGCUUUGGUGGGACCGAAGAUUCUAAAGGAGUAUCUGAUCAACUAUGCGCGUCCUCUAAUCUACUCCACCUUCACAUCCUUCAGUAACUUAGCCAGUAUCAAAUCCGCUUACGAAAUGCUCAUCUAUGGAGAGACAGUCGAGUUGGUUGAAAAAGUUCGUGGGUUAAUUACCUAUUUCCGAUCCAACAUUCAACUUCCAGACCAUAUGCUCUUGCCCUCAACCUCUCCAAUCCAGGGUAUCGUCAUCCACGGUAAUGCUAAAGUUAAUGCACUCUCUCAACAGCUCAUUCAGGCUGGUCUUAAUGUCAAGCCUAUUCGUUUUCCUACAGUGCCUCGGGGAAAAGAGCGUGUUCGUAUCUGUCUCCAUAGUCAUAACACUCUCCAACAGGUCGACCAAUUGAUUCAGAUUGUCCAAGCAUGGAUGUCGCAACAACAGGACAUCUCUACUACAACUGUCAAUACUCCCACUCUUUUUGAAACCGAUUCAUCAACAUCACCAUCAAUGCUAUCUACAACAUCAACAGCGACAAAACCAACUUGCAGUCCAACUUCAAUUUCUGUAUCGAAAGUGGAACUAGAAGCAGACUUGGCACCAUCAUCAUCAUCACAGUCAUCUCCGCCUUCAUCUACCUCAUCUACACUCUCAUUAUCUACACUUUCUGCCACUACUAAAUCCCUAUCCCACAUUCCAUCCAAACUGUAAUAACCA